AAAAAGAAAAUAAUAAUUCCUUUUUAAUUUGUUAUUAUUAGUUAGGAGAUGAUAACUAAUUGACGGACAAAUAAACAUUUAUAAAUAGGAGUAUUGCAGUAAAAAAAGUGAUCCAAAUAAAAAUUUACAAAUUUCCAAAAAGUGAUUUUCCCGCCAUCAUCAUGGCAUCUUCUUCGUCGUCAUCAAGAAAAUCGGAAGUGGAAUUCUCACUCCCAGUGAUUGAUAUAAGUUCGUACGUGAGCAGGGGUAGCUCGAGGGACCCACGCGGAAUACCUGUAUCCGACUGCAAACUUGUUAGCCGUUCUCUGAAGGAGUUUGGAGCUUUCAUUGUCAAAGACAUCAGAUGGUCUCUGCCUGAUUACGAUAUCUUCCACGAAGACAUAGAAACUUUCUUCAAGUCUCUUUCCAAUACGCCACAUUUGCAAAAGCAGUUUGGGGUUCCCGAGGAAGUUCCGAUGACCUCUGUAUACUUUUGGAAAUUCGCUCGUCGUCCAGAAAACAACGCCCCUGUUAAGGACUACGGUGUAUCCAAUGUAACUCCUUGUGGUUUCCCCGACUGGAAUCCAACCAUGGAUAAUUGGUCAUUCAACAUGCUAGGCAUAGCCUGUAUGGUAGCUGAAAUGGCAGCUAUUGGGUUUGGUCUUCCAGUGGAUGCUUUCACAUCUCGGAUUCAUUAUGGCCUACAUACGUUAGCGACAAUUGGGAGUAACCUCGGAAAAGAUGUUCAGGAAGGAACCAUUCUUCAAGCAUGUCACCAUAACUUUAACUUCCUAACUAUUCAUGGUAGAAAUAAAUUUCAUGGAUUGCACAUCUGGUUAAGAAAUGCCGCAAGAGUUGAAGUGAAAAUUCCUGUAGGAUGUUUUGUUAUUCAGGCAGGAAAGCAGUUAGAGUGGUUAACUGGAGGGGCGUGCUUAGCUACCAAUCAUGACAUUGUUGUUACAAAAACUACAAUGGAUGUGAUCAAUAAAAUGAAAGAGCGAGAUUGUAGCUUAUGGAGAGUCUCUUCAUCGUUGUAUGUGCACGCAUUAUCAGAUGCAAUUCUGAAGCCCUUGGAACCCUUUGAUAAACAUACAGUCAAAAUGGCAAACGAUUAUCCACCUGUACCUGCAGAGUACGUUGUUAGAGAGUAUGCCGAAAUGAGGCAUGCUAUGCAGAAAAAGAUACUCGAAGGAGACGGCAGUAGUGUGAGUUAGAAUCUGCAAUUCACGUUCUACGAAGAGACUGCUCUGGUUCACAAAUGUAAAUAAAAUCUACAUACAUUCUUAGGAUCACAUAUUUCUUAGCUAUAUGUAAACCAUUGGGGCAACAAACUGAAAAUUGUGAUUUCAUGAUUUGUUCUAAGUAAAGGGAGCAAUUUGAAUCUUCCAAUUUUAAUUCCAACACAUAUGUACAUGUGUAUGUUUCAAACUACAGCUAAAUCCACAUGGGAAAGGUCAAGAAUUCCUAAAUAUCAAAACUAUUUUCCAAGGCAGAUAUUUCCCACACGUUGACUAAUAAAUAUGUCAAAUAACUAUGUUAACCAAAUGCAUUAUCCGGGUUAGCAAACCAAGAAAGUGAAAAUAAAGCAGCAUUAUGGUUAUACAAUCAAAUUACACCAUAUACAAACAAAAUAAGAUGCAUAUUUGUACUUUUAGACCUUCACUUCAAUGCCAAUGGUUUUUUCAUUUAGAAUUUCCUUGGGGGACAAUUCACAAGCAAUGAGUUAUUGGUGUGGGACAUCAUGAAACAAAGCAGACAUGAGAUAAACCAUAAACAAACCAAAACAAGAGUAUGGGAGGAAAGGAGAUUAAGAUCACAAGCAAAAACCUAGAGAAAGCAGUCAUAAGGGUUUACCAGAUUAGGAACAGAAACUCAAGCAGUUUGGAUCUAAUGAAGUAGCUUCUCAAUGGGACUGUUGUCUCUCUUUUGUACAAAUUGAAUAAGGGAAAACAUGGAGUAUGGCAAGCAAUUGACACAUCAGAAUAUUGUUUCCAUUCAGCAUACUACAUAAAUCCUCUACCUUUAGGCUCUCCAUUUCAAGAAGGUACAAGAAAUUUAGAUAAUGAGAACCUUAACUUCAACAACAGAAGGAACAACUAAUGUAGUUGUUUCUUCCUCUAUACCCGGUUAUUUAGAAAUUCUAGUGGUUGUCUCUCCAAUACAAUUGCAUUUUCCUAUGGUUAUUUCUCAAGUUGAGAUAUUACUUCUAGAAGUCCCAACCUUGGAUGUUGCUUCCAGUUUACUUCUGCUAAAACUAUUCUUUAUGCACCAUUUGACCAUUCUUUGAUUGUAAAGAAAGAAGACUUUGCUAGAUUUAAAGCUAAAAUUGAGGCUUUCAUGGAAUUAAAGGCUAAGAAUCAAGAGCAGAUAUAAAACAUCAUAAGACUUGUCUUAGCUCGGCUGACCAAUCAAAACCCUUAGGAUUUGUUUUAUAAUUUCUUUUGUAAAAUUUUGUACUUUGCACCUUUUGUUUUAUGAAUAUCUUUGAUAUCUUCUA